ACCAAUGGUUUCGCACCCAUAGUUUUGCUGUUUUAACCCUUCGACCACAAUGCAAUAACUUGCCUCCCAGACUUGAUGCCUUCCCCGUGGUCAAUCCUCUGUGGUCCAAGAACAUUUUGUGUCAUUGUACGUUUUCUUCCUAAUAUAUGAUCUACAUUUGUUUUGACUUCCAACUUUGCAACAGCUAUCAGUAUGGGCCCAAAGUUUAUCUUCAGUAUUCAGGUUUUAAAAAUUAUUUUCAUUAUCUUAAUGUGCAAAAUUAAAGUUUUAUUCUGGUGCGUGCAAUAAAAUAUAGUGCACUGUAGGGUUGCCAUGCUUUUCAGUGGGAGAGGUGGUUAGGUGCUCAAUGUUCAAAGGGGUAAUUCACCUAACAAACGUGGGUCGCAGAUGAGCGGUGUGUGAGUCGAAGGGUUAACAAUCCCAUGUGAGCGUCAGCCUAAAUUAUUAUGGGAAAGUGCAGUGUCUUCUAGUCGUAGCAUAUUAAGGAUUAAGUGUAAAUUUGAUGGUUUAGCUAUGGUGUAAUUCACCUGCCAUUGAAGCGUGCUAUGUCAUGCUGAGCUCAGUAACUGAUGACAAACAACAACCUGCUCGCUUAUAGACAGAGCUUUAGUAGAGACAAAUAUGCUUGGUCACUUUGGCAUAGUCAACUCAGGAUCAAUAGGGUUAUAUAAUAACAUAAAAGUCACAAUCAGAUCUAGUUUGCCUUCCCAGUUACUCAUUGUCUGGGUUGUAAUUUAAGUGGUUACUUGACCACCUCGGUUGGCUUGUAAAACUUAAUAGAUACGCAUGGCCCGUGGGCCUCAACAUAGGACAUGACAAGGUAGUUAUAACUUACUAAGUGUGGCCAGCUUUUCUUAUAGAUUUUUGGAUUAGGCUUAUUGGGGUUUAAUUUAUUUUGCAAGACUUAAAAACUGCCUGGAAGUGUAGAAAGAUGCAAGAGCCAACAAGUUUAUCUUUCUUUCCAUUUUUAUUACAUCUUCACUUCCACUGACAAUAUGAGCUUUAAAUGGCCUGAGAGCUUCAGGUUCGGUCUAGGUAGGGCUUAUCUGAAGCCUGCAUGUAGAGAGAGCUCUUUGUACAAAGUUGUUGUGUAAAUAUAUUUUUAUUUUACAACUCUCUCUGUAAAAUAGAAAUAUGUUAUCAAGAAAAAUUGUGUACCACAAUACCACAGGCCCAUACUAACUGUCCUUAAUUUCUCUCCUACAGCAGUACUGCUUUGCCAGUCCUGUACUGCACUCUGUUAAGGGUGCAGCAACUCAUCCUGUGUAGGUUAUGGGGAACACAGAGAACUGUGCACUUGUCAGUUUGGUCAGGGUCCACUGGCUGCUUGUUUGGGGCCUGUGAGGGGAAUGAGAUGCAUCCCAGCUACAACAAACCUCAAGCCCAAGAAGUUUUUUUUUAUUUGGCUUAUCAAUUUACUACAAAUUUAGAUCAUAUUUCCCAUGCAUUCAUGAUGGAAAAUGACUGCCCAAAUAUUUGACUACAUAUCUUAUCCUUAUGUCAUCAGUCACUUUUGUCAAGAAAAGGAAGUCAAGAUCUAAAUGCACGACGAUUGGAUAAUAACCAGUGCUAUUAUGACAAUUCAAUUUGGCUCUGACAUGUCGUAUUGUCAUAUUUUAGACUAGACUUAUCAUUAUUUUUUGCCUCAUUUUUAUAUUUGAAUGCCAGAGUAGAUGCUCAUAUUUUGUGGUAAUGUCAUUCCUAGAUGUAGCCUCAACAUCUUGACUUAAUUUUUAUAUGCUAGUGUAAACAUUUGGGAAUCUGGACCACAUAGUCUCCAUAUGAUUUUUUUCUAGUUUUGUGGAUAUGCCCCAAGAAGAUGCUUUGUUUUUUGAGUGCCAUAAAUCAAUGCAACAAAGGUGGUAUACUGUUGUGUGUGAGUUCAAACCCUUUUCCAAAGUGUUACUAAUGGUAAAGAGAAAUUUUCUAGGCUUCUUUUCUGCCGGUUGAAGUCUGACUGCAGAUGGACCCUUGGCACUGAAAGUGGGGCAAAACGCCGGACCCCAAGCUGCAGGUCAGGUCGUAUGUGGACGUCAUGUUGGAGCAAAACCUGUCCAAAGAGGAGAGAGAGAUUCGUCAGCAGAUGGUAGAGAAGGCCAAAGCUGGGGAACUGAAAGUUGUCAACGGGUCCGCUGCCUCCCAAGCUGCUGCUGCUGCUGCCGCCGCUGCGAAACGUAAACGCCGCUGGGACCAGACAGCUGACCAAACGCCCUCUAAUGCUACACCCAAAAAGGUGUCCAGCUGGGACCAGGCUGACAACUCUGCUGAGACUCCAGGACACACACCAGGACACACCCCCGCACACACACCUUCAAACAGCCGAUGGGAUGAAACCCCUGGCCGCCCUAAAGGCAGCGAGACACCAGGGGCCACCCCCAGUACCCGCAUGUGGGACCCCACUCCCAGUCACACACCUGCUGGCGCUGCCACCCCUGGCAGAGACACGCCUGGCCAUGCCACACCUGGCCAUGGUGGAGCCACAGGAAGUGUACGCAAGAACCGCUGGGACGAAACCCCAAAGACAGAGAGGGAAACGCCGGGACACGGGAGUGGCUGGGCUGAAACGCCACGCACAGACAGAGGAGAUGAGUCGGUGGGCGAGACUCCAACCCCAGGGGCCAGUAAGAGGAAGUCUCGAUGGGAUGAAACCCCUGCCAGUCAGAUGGGAUCCUCAACACCACUACUCACCCCGGGAAAAACUCCCAUCGGAACGCCAGCUAUGAACAUGGCUACCCCAACGCCAGGUCACCUGAUGAGCAUGACUCCAGAGCAGUUGCAGGCAUGGAGGUGGGAGAGGGAGAUUGAUGAGAGGAACCGGCCACUCACAGAUGAGGAGCUUGACGCCAUGUUCCCAGAGGGAUACAAGGUCUUGCCUCCACCAGCAGGCUACGUGCCGAUCCGUACUCCGGCGCGUAAGCUGUCAGCCACGCCAACCCCCAUCGGAGGCAUGACGGGCUUCCACAUGCAGGUGGAGGACCGCACCACGAAACAGAUGAACGACCAGCCCUCAGGAAACCUCCCCUUCCUCAAACCUGAUGACAUCCAGUAUUUUGACAAACUGCUGGUGGAGGUGGAUGAGUCCACGUUGAGCCCUGAGGAGCAGAAAGAGAGGAAGAUCAUGAAGCUGCUGCUGAAGAUUAAAAAUGGAACACCACCCAUGAGAAAGGCCGCUCUGCGUCAGAUCACAGAUAAAGCUCGUGAAUUUGGAGCAGGCCCCCUGUUCAAUCAGAUCCUGCCAUUACUCAUGUCGCCCACCCUGGAGGACCAGGAGCGCCAUCUGCUGGUUAAAGUCAUCGACCGUAUCCUCUACAAACUUGAUGACCUGGUUCGACCAUACGUACACAAGAUCCUGGUGGUGAUUGAGCCCCUGCUGAUUGAUGAGGACUACUAUGCCAGAGUAGAAGGCAGAGAAAUCAUCUCUAACUUGGCAAAGGCGGCCGGUUUGGCUACGAUGAUCUCCACAAUGAGACCUGAUAUCGACAACAUGGACGAGUACGUGAGAAACACCACAGCCCGAGCCUUCGCCGUGGUGGCCUCCGCUCUUGGCAUUCCCUCCCUCCUUCCGUUUCUCAAAGCCGUGUGUAAAAGCAAGAAGUCCUGGCAGGCCCGGCACACAGGCAUCAAGAUCGUGCAGCAGAUCGCCAUCCUCAUGGGCUGUGCCAUUCUGCCCCACCUUCGUAGCUUGGUGGAGAUCAUCGAACACGGUCUGGUGGACGAGCAGCAGAAGGUGAGGACCAUCAGUGCCCUGGCUAUAGCUGCCCUCGCUGAAGCCGCUACACCCUACGGUAUCGAGUCCUUUGACUCUGUCCUCAAGCCGCUGUGGAAGGGUAUCAGACAGCACAGAGGAAAGGGUCUGGCUGCUUUCCUCAAAGCUAUCGGUUACCUGAUCCCACUGAUGGACGCCGAGUAUGCAAACUACUACACCAGAGAGGUGAUGUUGAUCCUCAUCCGAGAGUUCCAGUCCCCUGAUGAGGAGAUGAAGAAGAUUGUGCUCAAGGUGGUGAAGCAGUGUUGUGGCACUGAUGGUGUGGAAGCCAACUACAUUAAGACUGAGAUCCUGCCCCCCUUCUUCAAGCACUUCUGGCAGCACAGGAUGGCUCUGGACAGACGCAACUACAGACAGUUGGUGGACACCACAGUGGAGCUGGCCAACAAAGUGGGAGCAGCAGAGAUCAUUUCUCGCAUCGUUGAUGACCUGAAAGAUGAGGCGGAGCAGUACAGAAAGAUGGUGAUGGAGACCAUUGAGAAAAUCAUGGGCAACCUGGGUGCAGCCGACAUCGACCACAAGCUGGAGGAGCAGUUGAUCGACGGUAUCCUGUACGCCUUCCAGGAGCAGACAACCGAGGACUCUGUGAUGCUGAAUGGUUUCGGCACCGUGGUGAACGCCCUUGGGAAACGCGUGAAGCCCUACCUGCCUCAGAUCUGCGGUACGGUGCUGUGGCGUCUCAACAACAAAUCCGCCAAAGUCCGUCAGCAGGCUGCCGACCUGAUCUCACGUACGGCCGUGGUCAUGAAGACUUGUCAGGAGGAAAAGCUGAUGGGUCACUUGGGGGUGGUGCUGUACGAGUACCUAGGAGAGGAGUACCCUGAGGUGUUGGGUAGCAUCCUGGGAGCACUGAAGGCCAUCGUUAACGUUAUUGGUAUGCACAAGAUGACUCCACCAAUCAAAGACCUGCUUCCUCGUUUGACUCCCAUCCUGAAGAACAGACAUGAGAAAGUGCAGGAGAACUGUAUCGACCUUGUGGGCAGGAUCGCUGACAGGGGUGCUGAAUAUGUGUCGGCCAGGGAGUGGAUGAGGAUUUGUUUUGAACUGCUGGAGCUGCUGAAGGCUCACAAAAAAGCCAUCCGCAGAGCUACUGUCAACACGUUUGGUUAUAUCGCCAAAGCCAUCGGUCCCCACGACGUCUUGGCCACUCUGCUCAAUAACCUGAAGGUCCAGGAGCGUCAGAACAGAGUCUGCACGACCGUGGCCAUCGCCAUCGUCGCUGAGACCUGUUCACCAUUCACGGUGCUGCCGGCGCUCAUGAACGAAUACCGCGUGCCUGAGCUCAACGUGCAGAACGGUGUGCUCAAGUCCCUCUCCUUCCUGUUUGAGUACAUCGGAGAGAUGGGCAAAGACUACAUCUACGCUGUCACGCCGCUGCUGGAGGACGCUCUCAUGGACAGAGACCUGGUCCACAGACAGACCGCCAGCGCAGUGGUCCAGCACAUGUCUCUGGGCGUCUACGGUUUCGGCUGUGAAGACUCCCUUAACCACUUGCUGAACUACGUUUGGCCCAACGUGUUUGAGACGUCACCUCACGUGAUCCAGGCAGUUAUGGGCGCCCUGGAGGGGCUGAGGGUCGCCAUCGGGCCCUGCCGCAUGCUGCAGUACUGCUUACAGGGUUUGUUCCAUCCAGCCAGGAAGGUGCGAGACGUCUACUGGAAGAUCUACAACUCCAUCUACAUCGGCUCCCAGGACGCCCUCAUCGCUCACUACCCACAAGUCUACAACGACGAGAAGAACAUGUACGUCCGCUACGAGCUGGAUUACGUCUUGUAA